AUGCAGUCCGCAGGUUACGACGGGCUUCCGGUAUCUCCGUUGACAAUGGCAACUAUCAUGGACGACUCGCAUCCGAUGGACCGUCUUACCGUCCCGACUUUCGUGCCCCGCCACCCACUUCCCUCUCCCGGUCCUUAUGCGACGUUCAUGCCUGAGCCUGCACCACCAAUGCCAUCACUGAGGUCGAGCUACGACACAAGCUUCUACCACCCUACUUCGCAAUCUCAACCAAGAUCUCUGGGCGCGUCUGACGCUGGUCACUUUAAUUUGCCUGGGGGGAAUGAAUAUCGUAUGCCGAACCAGAUCCCUUCUCAUGGUAUGGCCCAACCCGCCUAUGGUUGGCGGCCUGAGCAAGUGGGGCAUCCGAUGCAGGGCCCUCCGCCGCCUCCGCCCCAGCACGCGCCGAACUAUGGGCCACAUGGAUCUCCAUACGCGAACCAACCGCAAAGUCUUCCCACUCUGGGGCGCACGCCUAGUACGCGCAGCACUGCCGCCAACUCGCGUCCUCACUCAAUCGCAAGCGGCCUCGCCGCCACUACGGGUAUGAGCUCGUACAUCGCGUACGGGGAGCCAGUGCCGGGUAGUAGCUCGGCGCCGGAGUUGGCUUCGCGUGCACCGCCUAGCACAAUAGUGUCCUCAACGAAGAAGGGACGGGAACGUCACGACCCGAACGAGUGCAGACUUCAGGGCUGCCGACAGCGCGUCGGGUACUACCCCGGCCUCGGAGGCCUGAUCGAGUGGUGUAGUGUCGAGCACAUGAGCGCUGGUAUGCACCAACGGGACUCGAAGCCGUGCAAGCGGUGCAAAGUCAACCCACGGCGUUGGGACAAUGACUUCUGCUGCAACGCCUGUAUGGGCUUCCAGGGCGGACGCUCCUAG